AUAUUAGUGUACUUCACCCGACCGGCCGCCUCUGCUCAGGUAGACGGGACGUACCGCGGAAAGUCUUCUCUCCAGACCUGCAGUCACCUUACGUCAUCCAUAAUGGAAGUGAACGGCACGGCAAACAUCCUGAGCUCUGCUUACCUCGCGGCAGAAUAUGUUGAUGCAGUGCUACCACAGAACCCCCUCCAGCCCUCCCUGAAACACGCCUGGGGUUACAUGCUGGACAACUACACCAAGUUUCAGAUUGCCACCUGGGGGUCCCUCAUCGUCCACGAGUUCAUCUACUUCCUCUUCUGCCUGCCUGGUUUCCUCUUCCAGUUCAUGCCCUUCAUGCAGAAAUACAAGAUCCAAGCGGACAAACCAGAGACCUGGGAGAAACAGUGGAGAUGUUUCAAAAUGCUGCUGUUCAACCAUUUCUGCAUCCAGCUGCCUUUGAUCUGCGGGACUUACUACUUCACUGAAUUCUUCAACAUCCCUUAUGACUGGGACUCCAUGCCACGCUGGCCGUAUGUCUUGGCUCAGUGUUUUGGCUGUGCUGUUGUUGAAGACACCUGGCACUACUUCCUCCACCGCCUGCUUCACCACCGCAGGAUCUACAAAUACAUCCACAAAGUCCACCAUGAGUUCACGUCUCCAUUUGGCAUGCAGGCCGAAUACGCUCAUCCCGCUGAGACGCUCAUCCUGGGAGCUGGUUUCUUCAUUGGCAUCAUGAUCUUCUGUAACCACGUCUUCUUCCUGUGGGCCUGGGUGGCCUUCCGCCUGCUGGAGACCGUUGAUGUCCACAGCGGUUACGACAUCCCUCUGAACCCUCUCCACCUGAUCCCGUUCUACGCCGGCGCCCGUUUCCACGACUUCCACCACAUGAACUUCGUCGGGAACUACGCCUCCACCUUCACCUGGUGGGACAAGCUGUUGAACACAGACAACCAGUACAACAAGCACAUGCAAAAACAGGGAGAGAAGAAAGAUCAGUAAACCACUCGCGACUGGUUUGUCAGGAGGAGGCAGUGAGCCGUACGGACACACAGCGAGCACAUAAACACUGCUGUUUUUCCCCUCAGUACAUAGCAACACACUCACAAACACACACUAAAGGUGUACUUUAAAUGAAUCAGUACCACUGUGGUUUGAUUCUGAAUCAGACUGUGCCUUUCUGCAAAAAGAAGUAUUGUUGUGUGCUUCUGUCGACAGCUGCUGGCUGAAAUAAAACCAUCAACAUCCUCA